AGGGGGGAGGGGUGAUGUGCCCCACCAAUCAAAAUCUCGUCUCUUUCAAGUCUCUUUCUCAUAAAUGCCCCUCCACCCAACACCACCAUCUCCACGCCCCGCCACCUUUUUUAUUCUCUGCAACUUGCUUCAUCUUCUACUGCUCAUCUCUCCCCACUCAUCACCUCCCUACCAUGAGGAUCACUUCCCCAUUCUUCUUCUUCUUCUCCUUCUUCUUCUGCUUCGCUCUUUUUCAGAAUUCAAGAUUCGGUCUCUGCCUCACCGCCGACGGGCUCGCACUUCUUUCUCUGAAGUCCGCCGUCGACCAAUCAUCCGGCGACUCUCUAUUCGCCGACUGGAACGAGAACGACAGCGUCCCGUGCCGCUGGUCUGGUGUUUCCUGUGCCAACGUUUCUGGGUUCGCCGACCCUCGCGUCGUUGGAGUCGCGAUCUCCGGGAAGAAUCUCCGGGGGUAUAUUCCCUCCGAAUUGGGCAGCCUCCAGUUUCUCCGGAGGCUUAAUCUCCACGGCAACGACUUCUCUGGCUCGAUACCUGUGCAGCUCUUCAAUGCGACGUCGCUUCACAGCUUGUUUCUCUACGGUAAUAAUCUAUCCGGCGAGCUGCCGCCGACGAUCUGUAAACUCCCCCGGCUUCAGAACCUCGACCUCUCGAACAAUUCGCUUUCUGGGUCGAUUCCAGGAGAUCUGAGUAAUUGCCGGCAGCUGCAGAGGCUGGUCUUGGCCGGAAACAACUUCUCUGGCGAGAUUCCCGCCGGCGUUUUCCCGGAAAUGGAGAAUUUGGUCCAGCUCGAUCUUUCGUCGAACCAUCUCAGGGGGUCGAUUCCGGAAGACAUUGGCGAGCUCAAAUCGCUCGCCGGCACCCUCAAUCUCUCUUUCAAUCACUUGUCUGGCAAAAUCCCCAAAUCUCUCGGAAAUUUGCCCGUGACGCUGAGCUUCGAUCUCCGAAACAACAAUUUGAGCGGCGAAAUACCCCAGACCGGAUCGUUCGCGAACCAGGGCCCGACGGCGUUCCUCAACAACCCAUCGCUUUGCGGGUUUCCCCUCCAAAAACCCUGCCGGAACCCAUUACAGAGCUCGCCGGCGAGACAAACCUCCUCGCCCGAAUCCGAAACGAACCCCGAAAAAGGCCUCUCCCCGGGCAUGAUCAUUCUCAUAUCAGUCGCCGACGCCGCCGGAGUCUCCUUCGUCGGCUUCAUCAUCGUGUACCUCUACUGGAAAAGAAAAGACUCCAGCGGCGGCUGCAGCUGCACUGGAAAGGCAAAGCUCGGCGACCCACGAACCGGCAGUCUCUGUUCCUUCCCGUGUUUCGCCGGCGGUCGACAUAGCAGCGACUCAGAGGCGGAUUCAGCCGCGGGCUCUGGCGCAGGCGGCGGCGGACGGGGAGAGGAAGGAGAAGGGGAGCUGGUGGCGAUAGACAAGGGGUUCAAUUUCGAGCUGGACGAGCUGCUGAGGGCAUCCGCGUAUGUGUUGGGGAAGAGCGGGCUGGGGAUAGUGUACAAGGUGGUGUUGGGGAACGGGGUGCCGGUGGCUGUGCGGCGGCUGGGGGAGGGCGGCGAUCGGCAGAGGUACAAGGAGUUCGCAGCGGAGGUGCAGGCGAUCGGGCGGGUGAAGCAUCCGAAUAUCGUGAAGUUGAGGGCUUACUAUUGGGCUCCCGACGAGAAGCUUCUCAUCAGUGAUUUCAUUUCCCAUGGCAAUUUGGCUUCUGCGCUUCGCGGAAAAAAUGGUCAACCUUCACCCAACCUCACUUGGUCAACGAGGCUGACAGUCGCAAAGGGCACGGCGCGUGGCUUAGCCUACCUCCACGAGUGCAGUCCCCGGAAGUUCGUCCACGGCGACGUCAAACCCUCCAACAUCCUCCUCGACGCCGACUUGCACCCCUACAUCUCCGACUUCGGCCUCAACCGCCUCAUCUCCAUCGCCGGCGCAGACACCUCCGCCGUCUCCGCCAGCUACCUCCCCUACGUCAAGCCCUCCGCCCAGUCCGACCGCUCCACCAACUACCGGGCUCCGGAGGCCCGGGUCGCCGGCGCCCGACCCGCCCAGAAGUGGGACGUCUACUCCUUCGGCGUCGUCCUGCUCGAGCUCCUGACCGGAAAAUCGCCGGAUAUCUCGUCUCCGACGACGUCGACGGCGACGGCCGCGGAAGUGUCGGAUCUGGUGAGGUGGGUGAGGAAGGGGUUCGAGGUGGAGAACCCACUGUCGGAAUUGGUGGAUCCGACGCUGCUCCGGGAGGUGCAGGCGAAGAAGGAGGUGCUGGCGGUGUUUCACGUGGCGCUGGCGUGCACGGAGGCGGACCCGGAGAUCCGGCCCCGGAUGAAGACCGUUGCCGACAACCUCGAUCGGAUCGGGUCGUGAGAAUUGACGGGUUAGAAGAAAGUAGAUGAUAAGUGUGUGCAUCUGAUGAUGAGAACGGUGAUCGGGGAGCUUCGGUCUGCAGGAUUUUGUAAGGUUUUGCGCUAGAAAUUUCAUAAUUUUUUCGUUCGCCGUUUUCUGGAAGAAGACGCAGAAGAAUUUUUCCGGCCGUCGCAGCAAAUUCUUUUUGGGUGGAUCAUACAGUUUUUUUUUCCUCAAAAAAACAAAAAAAAACCAAUUGGCUACUUCUGUAAUUUAAAAUCUCUACCCAAAAAUCCCACUCCCAGGGAUAUGCCUCUAAUAAAAAAAUAUAUACAAUUUUGUCUU